AGAUACGCGCAGUAUUGUCAUGAAUGGAGACUAAUAAACCACAAUUUAUGAGAUAAUUCGAGCCGUCGGGGGGCUAAUCACAGCCCUGCCCCGACAGAAAUAGGCAGGUAGCAGGUAACAUACCGCGGCCAUAAAUUACCCAGAGGGUACAUGCCUGCUGUACUUUUGGGCAGGAAACUCGCCCGGAUUCGGUAUGGGAGGUACAAACAGAGUACGGAGUGGUACCUCGGUGGGCUCGGGCUUACCCGUUUGGGGGUUAGCGGCACCACACUAAGAGUGGGAAGACUCGUGGCCGCCACUGGAAUGAUUAUCGCCGUAUUCCUGGGUACGCAAGACCAGACAAGGCAAGACAAGACACCGGACAACUCAAGACAUGACCAGAGACAUGAUGAUGAUUGAUGAUGAUGAUGAUGAUGAUGAUGAUGAUGCGGAUGAUGCUGGUGAACACACUCAACCGCGAUUGGCGAAUCUAAUCCGCUCCAAUCCUAAUGACUUACCAGCUACUAUGCUACUACUCCGUAUAGUACUAUGUUUCCUACGGAAUCCUCCGUGGCUCUGGCAAAACGCCGCCAGAUGUUUCGGUGAAGGCCCUCGGUUCGGACUGGCGUCCCGUGGUUGGUGGGCGCCGGCUGCCCUUUUAGGGGUUCGUUUUUGUUCCUUUCUCAGCAGUGGUUCGGUUAGUGACUGUCGGACCCAGGCUUUGACGCCCCUUGGUUCGAUGCUGCUCUCCUUAGCGGGAACCCAAAUCCCCUGAAGGGGGGGCCGCAAACCACCGCCAACGAGGUUCGUCUUCGGAGGAAUGGCGAUGAUCCUCAUCAUCCACCGCUAGUACUAUGACGAUGAUCCAUGGCGAUGAUGAUGUCGGGGUAUGAUGAUGCUGCUGCUGCUGCUGCUACUGCUGAGAUUGGAUGCCCUUCCUUUGUUGUUGCCACGGCUCAAUCAUCCAUCGCCAGCGUCAGCCGGACGGCUACCAUUUCCACCU